CAGCCAACAAUGGAAGACUUAAGAUCUGGGCCAGAUCUUGACGUCAGUGGCCAACAGGAAGGCGGCGCAGCCGAUGAUGGACGGCGGCUGUGGUGGCUGACAGAUCUGGCGAGAACGCGGCCGGCGGUGGCAGUGGCGCGGCUGGAGCGGCAGCGACCUUAGGACGAGGGUGGCCAGAUCCGACUCCCCCUUCCCUCACGCCUCUGGCGAGGUCAAGGAUGAAGCGGUUCAGUGGUCGGAUCUGGGCGACAACAGCGGCGGUGGCGAUGGUAGCCGGCGACGGCGGGAUCUGCGUGGGCGAGGAGCAGAUCUGGUCGGUGAUGGCAGCGACAGCGUCGUGGCCGGAGAAGGGAGACGGAUCUGGUGACGGUGAUACAGUCCGAUGCAGCAGCAAGCAGGCCCGUGGUCGUCUUCGUCGACGAUGACGGUCGUUCCGGCAGCUGUCUCCGACGGCUGUUCGUCUUCCAACUUCUGCAGCGAUCUUUGGCUGCUUCUUGACUUCCGACUUCUGACGGUGGAGACCAAUUCUUGGGAGUUGAUAUGCAAUUCCCAAAAGUUGAGGUUCGAUUCCAAGACCUGAGAGUGGACGCUCAUGUCCAUGUUGGAAGUAGAGCACUGCCCACGAUUCCCAAUUUCAUUUUGAACAUGGCUGAAGCCUUUCUGGGACAAUUAAGGAUUUUUCCGCACAGAAGAAAGAAGCUAUCAGUUAUAAACAACAUCAAUGGUAUUAUUAGGCCUUCUAGAUUGACCCUUCUUUUAGGUCCUCCAAGUUCUGGUAAGACAACAUUGCUUUUGGCCCUUGCUGGACGUCCUGGACCAGGUCUGCAGAUGUCGGGCAGAAUUACCUAUAAUGGACACGAUUUAAAGGAGUUUGUUCCCCAAAGGACUUCUGCUUAUGUCAGCCAGCAGGACUGGCAUAUAGCAGAGAUGACAGUUAGAGAGACUCUCGAGUUCUCAGGACGCUGCCAAGGUGUUGGAUUUAAGCAUGAUAUGCUCUUGGAGCUUCUGAAAAGAGAGAGGGAAAGCAAAAUAGUACCUGAUGAAGAUCUUGAUAUAUUCAUCAAGGCAUUAGCACUUGGAGAAGAGAAGACGAGUCUUGUUGUUGAGUAUAUAAUGAAGAUUUUAGGGUUAGAUAUUUGUGCGGACACAUUGGUGGGGGAUGAAAUGCUUAAAGGAAUCUCAGGGGGCCAAAAGAAGAGGCUUACUACUGGUGAAUUGCUAGUUGGUCCAUCUAGAGUGCUUUUCAUGGAUGAGAUAUCAACUGGACUUGAUAGCUCAACAACCCAUCAAAUAAUCAAAUAUCUUAGAUAUGCAACUCAUGCUCUUGAUGGGACUACAGUUGUCUCCCUUCUACAACCAGAUCCUGAGACUUAUGAGCUGUUUGAUGAUAUUAUUCUUUUGAGUGAGGGUCAGAUCGUCUAUCAGGGACCUCGUGAAGCUGCUCUUGGAUUCUUUGCAUGUAUGGGGUUCCAGUGUCCAGAUAGGAAAAAUGCCGCAGAUUUUUUGCAAGAAGUUUUGUCAGAAAAAGAUCAAGAGCAGUAUUGGUUUUCUGAUAGACAUUACCAGUAUAUUACCGUGGCAAAGUUUGCUGAAGCUUUUAAUAAAUUUUGGGUUGGAAAUGCUUUGUCUCAAGAUCUGGCUGUUCCUUUUGAUAGACGUUAUAAUCAUCCCGCAGCUCUGUCAACUUCUAGUUAUGGUGUGAGCAGAUCAGAGCUUCUGAAGAUCAGUUUUUCCUGGCAGAUGCUGCUGAUCAAACGGAAUGCACCAGUCUAUAUUUUUAAAUUUAUACAGCUUUUUUUUAUUAUUGUUAUCAUGACAACAGUAUUUUUCCGGACAACAAUGCAUCAUAAUACAUUGGUUGAUGGAGGAAUCUAUCUUGGCGCACUCUACUUUGCAAUGGUCAUGAUUCUUUUCAAUGGGUUCAUGGAGGUCCCAAUGUUGAUAGCAAAACUUCCUGUUCUUUAUAAACACAGGGAUUUGCAGUUCUAUCCAUGCUGGGUUUAUACUCUUCCUUCAUGGAUUUUGAGCAUUCCAUUUUCUUUUCUGGAGUCUGCUAUCUGGGCGGCAGCUACAUAUUAUGCAGUUGGUUUUGAUCCCCAAAUAACUAGGUGCCUCCGCCAGUUUAUGGUAUACUUCUUUCUGCACCAGAUGUCAAUCGCUCUUUUCCGUGUGAUGGCUUCCCUUGGCCGCAACAUGGUAGUUGCCAAUACCUUUGGAUCAUUUGCCCUGCUGGUUGUCAUGGCUCUUGGAGGAUUUAUACUUUCAAGAGACAGCAUCCCAUCUUGGUGGAUAUGGGGUUAUUGGGUUUCCCCUUUGAUGUAUGCUCAAAAUGCAGCAUCUGUGAAUGAAUUUCUGGGGCACUCAUGGGACAAGAAAGCAGGGAACUACACAACUUUGCCUUUGGGUGAGAUGCUACUGGAAGCCCGAAGUUUAUUUCCAGAGAGCUAUUGGUUUUGGAUUGGCAUGGGUGCUUUGCUUGGUUAUACAAUAUUGUUAAAUAUCCUCUUCACACUUUCUUUGACUUACCUCAACCCCCUUGGAAGUCAUCAAGCUGUUGUUUGUAAGAGUGACCUGGAUGACAAAGGGAAGAGGGGUGAGGAGGAACGCGCAAUUGUUGAGCUACAAGAAUUUUUGACACAUUCGCACUCAUAUUCUGGAAGAGGCAUUAAAACGCAGAGAGGCAUGGUUCUUCCAUUUCAACCUCUUUCCAUGUCAUUCAGAAAUCUUAAUUAUUAUGUCGAUGUCCCUGGGGAGUUAAAGAAGCAAGGCAUAAUAGCAGACAGGCUACAGUUGUUAGUCAAUGUUACAGGAGCAUUUCGGCCAGGUGUGCUUACAGCUUUGGUUGGUGUCAGUGGGGCAGGUAAGACUACUCUAAUGGAUGUUCUAGCUGGUCGAAAAACUGGGGGUAUAAUUGAAGGGAACAUAUAUAUUUCUGGUUACCCCAAAAAGCAAGAAACAUUUGCUAGAGUUUCUGGGUAUUGUGAACAGAAUGAUGUUCAUUCCCCAUGCUUGACUGUUCACGAGUCACUUGUUUUUUCGGCUUGGCUGCGGUUACCUUCUCAUGUUGACUUGAAAAUACAAAAGAAGUUUGUGGAUGAGAUAAUGGAACUUGUUGAGCUCACUCCAUUAGGUAAAGCUUUAGUUGGUUUACCUGGUGUGGAUGGUUUAUCAACAGAGCAAAGAAAAAGACUGACAAUUGCCAUUGAGCUUGUUGCCAACCCUUCCAUUGUGUUCAUGGAUGAACCUACUUCAGGAUUGGAUGCCAGGUCUGCUGCUAUAGUCAUGAGAACAGUGAGGAAUAUUGUCAACACUGGACGGACGAUUGUUUGUACUAUUCAUCAGCCCAGCAUUGAUAUCUUCGAAUCCUUCGAUGAGCUUCUACUUAUGAAAUCUGGAGGGAAGCUUGUCUAUGCUGGUCCAUUAGGUACCAGAUCUCGUAACCUGAUUCAAUAUUUCGAGGCAGUUCAAGGAGUCCCAAAGAUCAGACCUGGUUACAAUCCUGCCACAUGGAUUCUAGAGGUCACUUCUCCAGCAGAAGAAAUUCGGCUAGGGAUCGAUUUUGCAGACAUUUAUCAUAGAUCAUGCUUAUUUCAGAAAAACAAAGAAAUAGUUGAAGAGUUAAGCAACCCAAAUAGGGAUGAAAAAGACCUAAGCUUCCCAUCAAAAUAUUCUCUGCCAUAUAUCUCUCAGUUUCUAACGUGUCUAUGGAAGCAAAACCUUUCAUACUGGAGAAAUCCCCAAUACACUGCUGUCCGAUUCUUCUACACUGUUAUCAUAUCAUUGAUGUUUGGAACAAUAUGCUGGAGAUUUGGUUCUAAAAGGGAUACCCAACAGGAUAUAUUUAAUGCCAUGGGAUCCAUGUAUUCGGCAGUCCUAUUUAUUGGAAUCACAAAUGCCACUGCUGUGCAACCUGUUGUCUAUGUUGAAAGGUUCGUUUCAUACCGAGAAAGAGCAGCAGGGAUGUAUUCAGCUGUCCCAUUUGCACUUGCACAGGUUGUCAUCGAGUUCCCUUAUGUGUUUGUACAAUCAGUGAUCUACAGCUCUAUUUUCUACUUCAUGGCCUCAUUCCAGUGGAACCCUUUCAAGUUUAUGUGGUAUUUAUACUUCAUGUACUUCACCUUGUUAUACUUCACCUUCUUUGGAAUGAUGACUAUUGCUGUCACACCCAAUCACAAUGUCGCUGCAAUACUUGCUGCUCCCUUUUAUAUGAUGUGGAACCUUUUCAGUGGAUUCAUGAUCCCUCACAUGAGGAUCCCUAUUUGGUGGAGAUGGUAUUACUGGGCAAGUCCAAUAGCCUGGAGUUUGUAUGGCCUGCUGACAUCCCAAUACGGGGACAUUGAAGAAACAGUGAAACUCUCGGAUGGAGUUCAGACAAUGCAGGUAAAGAAGUUACUCGAGGAUCAGUUCGGGUAUAGACAUGAUUUCUUGGGCAUUGCUGCUGCUGUUGUGGUUGGUUUCUGCUUGCUAUUUGCAGCUGCCUUUGCAGUUGCAAUCAGAUCCUUCAACUUCCAGAGGAGAUGAAGAGGAUGAACAAAACAUAGCUGAUUUCGACAUUUAACAUAUACGCUUUCCAAAUACAUAUUUUGAGCACAAAUAAGGAUCCUGUCUGCAUCAAUGACGACUAGAACUAUGCAGUGGAGAUUUCUUUAGUUCUUCAAAGGGCUGUAGUCAGUUUCUCAGCCAGUUGUAUGUGGAUUUAUGAAGCAUGAUGAGCAGAGCUGUAGCUUCUGUUAUGUUCAUGUUUAUGCAAUUCACUUGCUGGAUUCCGUGAGAGGGUUGGCAAUGGCAGUCCUCUCUAAACAGGGUAUGCAAUAUGCAACACUAUCUUCUCCUCCUCAUGAAAUCAAUAGCAAAGGAAAAGGAAAGAGAUGGUUGAGAUCAAUCCAAUGGAUGGGUUUUGUCUCUGAAUGAAUGACAUUAUGUUCUCCUAUAUGUUAGUCAAUUAUUUCUCAAAGUUGAGUCUGGUGUUUAAUUAAAGCCUAAUCAUGUUGUUCUUGUUAUUGCUUAUUAGUUGUUACAUUAUUAUUAAUUAUUCAAAGUUGAAAUAAAUAGUAUGCUACCACCGAGGUUUUAACUCCU